AUGCAGCCCCGGCAGCGUGACCGAGAUCACUCAGCCACCAUCAUCAUUUGCCCUCUGCAACUGAUUGACGGGAUAUCCAAUCACCGCCCUCUCUAUGAAACUAACUGAUCUAUAACCUUGCAUCAGCCUAAACCACCACCAAGCCUAUAUAAUCCCCAGCCUGACCAUUUCCUUUGACCGCCUCUCACCAUCGCGCACCCGGCUGUUCCCAGGAGCAAAAAAAAAAUCAAAAUCAAAAUAAAAAUAAGAAAAAAAUGUCCACCGAAAACCAAACCCUCCCAAAAGGCCAAUACCACCGCGGCGGCCCAGACGACCUCCGCUCCCCAUGCCCAAUCGUCAACUCCCUCGCAAACCACGGCCUCAUUGCCCGCGAUGGCCGUAACAUCACCGCCAGCUCCCUCAAAGCCGCCCUCAGCCAAAUCGGCCUCGGCUUCGACACCGCAGGAGGCCUCGUGAAAAUCGCGUUCCAAGACCACAUUGACCCUCCCGCGGGCGAACCCCCCAGCACCCCGAAUUUCGGCCUCCGUGACGCCAACCAGGUCAACGAAGACGGGGAAGCAGUGCUCAACCUCGACCAACUCGGCCGCCCACACGCCAUCGAGCACGACGUCUCAGUCACGCGCCAGGACCGCGCACUAGGCGACUACGUCCAUCUCAACCCCGACCUGUAUCAACGAUUCCUCCAAUCCUCCGGUAACGGGUCAUCGUUUAGUAUCCCGGACGUCGGGAAGUAUCGCAAGAAGCGGUUCGACGAGCAGAAGAGGGAGAAUCCGGAGUUGGGUCUGAAUAAGAGGAUGCAUUACAUUGCGUGUGCGGAGAUGGGGGGGAUUAUGUGUGUGUUUGGGAAGGGGGCGCUAUAUCAUGUUCCGAAGGAGUAUAUGGAGGCGGUGUUUGGGGAAGAGAGGCUGCCGUAUGAAGAGGGGUGGAGGCCGAGGUGGACGAAGGUGUUUUUGCCCGAGGCCGGGGUGGUGACUUUAGGGAUCUCGCAUUAUGCGUGGCCGUUUUAGAUGUUGUUUAUUUCUGGGGAAAGGAUGUUGUUGUUAUAUUUCAUGUUUGUACGACGCUUAGGAUGGGUCUGGGAUACCUGCUGAUUAGACGGAGAAAUUUUUUUUUCCCCGGUAAUAUAUCUUUGUGUAUGUCAGCACCAGGAAAUAGUUCGUUCUAUUUGGAGGGGAGAGUAUAUCUUCUGUUACUCGGUA